AUGGAUGGAGUGAUGAGGAUGGAGAGACAAAAGUUUCCUUUCACUAUAGAAAACAUAUUGACCAAAUAUCCGGACAGUAAUGGUGACAGGUGGACGUGUGGGACGAGUGGUGCUGCGGUGAAAGAGAAGACAGUGAGUCCUGCUGGGGACCAGACAGAGACUGUUGUUCAUCACGCCUGUGUGUGCUGCUGCUACUGCUCCCACUGUGGAGACAUACUCAGAGCUGAUUUCAUCCAUGAAGAUUUCCUCCCUGCCACCUGUCAGUAUGGAUGGCCCCCGGCGAUGCUCUCCAACCCCUGCAGGCUGGGAGAGGCUCUUAGAGAGGAGCAGCUGCCCGGUCAGGUGCACAGGAGGACCAGACGUCACCGCACGAUUUUCACCGAGGAUCAGCUGGAUGCUCUGGAGGAGCUGUUCCUGCAGAACCAGUAUCCAGACGUGAACACGAGGGAGAAAUUAGCACAGCACACUCACUUAAGAGAAGAAAGAGUAGAGGUUUGGUUUAAAAACCGAAGAGCAAAGUGGAGGCGUCAGAAAAGACUAUCGUUUGCUGUGGGAAAUACAGAAAACUAAACUUUGUACUGUAUAUAUGGAUGACGGCACUGAAAAAGAAGAGAGUUAUAUUUGUGUACGUGUGUCAGUGGUUGAGGGAAUACAUUUUAUUGUUAUCAGUUAACAAACAGGCAGACUAAAUCUUUUUUUCCACCAGAAAAUAAAUAAACAUGGAGAUUUCUGUGACUAAUUAUGUGACUUUAUCCUCUGCAGUUUUGUAGCCUAUUCUUGAAGCUGGUUGGUUGAGCACAUGAUAGAAGCACUGGUCGCAUAAACGUCUUUUAAAUCCUGGAAGACAAGUUUUAAUUUUGUAAAUUGAUUGUUCUAGUUUGCACCAGU